AUGGGGGAUGAUAAUAUGCAUACCCGCAGGGUAGGGCACUCGCCCGGACAGCUGCGUCAUCGUCUGGCUUUUUCGAGGGCCCUACUCAAGGAGUUGCUCCGCCAUUCGCUUCUGGUGACGCUUCUUUGUUGCUGCGAGAGGCAUUUCUCUCAUGGCGGAAUACAGGAAACAUUCCACCGUUUUGUCUCCUGGCCUCACAUGGACAGCAGCCGCAACGAAUUCUACAGUAGCACUACUCAGACGGCUGAAGAUGGGCUGCCGAAUCUGCUGAUGGUUCCGCCUGCAGAAGUGGAGCCUCAGCAGGCGCCGCUCGCCACAGUUGGUCGUUCUACUGUAUGUGCGCUUCCAAUGAUGAGGCUUUGUCCUCAGUGCGACUGUCGUCGACUUCUCCAGGGUUUUGCAGAACUCCCUGACGGGGACACGACAAGGACUCACGGAGAAACAGCCAUGAGGGGAAAUGGUGCCACUGGAUCAGAGUCACGUCCGGCACCAGGCACGGAGUCUCGCACAAACCCAGGUGCACGUCCUAGGGAACUCUCCACGCGGCAGUCUCCCUCUCCGAAUUCGAUAAGUGGAGCGGAUGGGUCACCUCCUACCUCACCGCCGAGCACGCCUCUAUUGGGCCGCCAGCGGCACAACAGCUCCGGCAGAGAGGCUGUUCCAGUGCCGCCCCGCACGGCCUCUUUUGGCAGCUGGUCUUCUGCCCUACCGCCGAGAGGACCUCUACUGGUCCGCCACUGGAGAAGCCUCUCCGCGAGAGGAGGCCGUCUGCGGGAAGAGGCCACUUUGAGCGUUUCCGCCGGAUGGAGUGCGCGGUCAAGGCGUAGAGAUACGUUGCAUGACAUCACGGGGUCCGCGCCGUCACACACAGCAGACGGCACUUCGCGAACCGCUUCGGUGGACACGGGAGUACCGCACUCGGAGAGUCGAAGACAGCAGUCAAGUACGGUUGGAGAGCGUCCCGACAGAAAUGAUGAGCAAGCGCCGACCCACGGCGGCAGAUCGUCGCUGUUCUCCCGAAUUAAUGACGCUGUGCUAUCAUCAGCCAGAAUGGCUGGGGCAAUGCUUUCCCGGCGCCGGUCGUCCUCCAUCUCACAAGCAUCGGAUACUGGGGGGGCUCGUCGCAGGGAGGCAUCCGCGACUCGUCCUGUAGAAAUUUCGAGCCCGAUUAUACCGUGGAUAAACUCGGAUAGAGAGAAAAAAGGUGAAACAGGUGUCAGUGGUCUUUCAUCUCCAACGCGUCUGUCAUCGCCGAACCCAGCAACCCCUCCUUCCGACCUCACGUAUAUGGUAAUGUUACCCAUUUCUGUCGAUCCCCCUGAACCCCGCGAUACCUCAGAGUAUGUACCAUUUGCACCUGGUGGCACACAGGAGACUGGCACGGUAUUUGGUGCCUCAGGAGGAGGUGCUGAAGGUGCGCCAGCUGGCGAGCAUGUGAUGAAGGCGUCUUACGAACCCCAGGUAGAUUUGUCGAAGACAACAUACGGCGAUAAACUGCACACGUGGCGAAGGCCCUUGAGCACUCUCAGAGAGAAGCCGCCACAACCAGAAGGCGCCGCUGAUCUCGAACAUCUGUAUGAGGAGGUUGACGAACUCUUCGAAGAUUCAGAGAUGCGAGGAUACGCCGCUGGGCGUCCAACGCCGCGAUCGCGCGAGGGCUCUAGCAGCGGGGAGCUGCCACAAGCAGGAGCGACCCCUGAUCCCGAACAUCUGUAUGAGGAGGUUGACGAACUCUUGGAAGAUUUAGAGUUGCGAGGAUACGCCGCUGGGCCUCCAACGCCGCGAUCGCGCGAGGGCUCUCGCAGGGGGCGGUCAUACUCAUAUCCAGGAAACGCACGUGGUCCCCAGCCUAUUUAUGACACGCCCCGCUCAACACCCGCGUUUUCAGUGGUGCCUAACCACUUCCCGCGCCGUCCAACGCCGCGAUCGCAUGUGGACUCUCGCAGGGGGGACCGGUCAUUAUCAUAUCCAGGAGGCGCACGUGGUCCCGAGUCUAUUUAUGACACGCCCCGCUCAACACCGGCAGUGCAACGGGUACCAGGACACAAGCCGCGCCGUCCAGUGCCGCAACCGCCAUUGCGGUUUGGACGUGGUUCCCCUCUACGUGCGGGACCGUCCCCUCUUCCACAUCCAAAUCAUCAGUUGCCCGGCGCAACACUGCCAGUGUCGCCGGUACAAGAACACAUUCCAGGCCCUCCAGUGCCACAUUUAGUCUCGGAGUUUCAACCUGAUCCCGCCCCACCUCCACGACUUCCCCCUGUUGCAGAGGCAGUUGAGCCGCUGCCCGAGUCGCCCCGAGGAUCCGCCGGUGAUGGCGGAGACCGUCCAGCGUCGUGA